AUUGAUUCAGUGUUGUCUGCCUAAACGUCCAGUGGGAAAUAUUUUACACGUCACAUUAUUGCAAUGACCGUAUUAAAAAUAUAUUUAAAAUAACAGAGGAGUCUUUCAUUUAGUUUUGAAAACAUACAUGUACACAUACAUGUACAUGUAUGUAGUGAUGUUAUUUGUGUAAAAAUACCCGAUACACCUUUUAACUUAUGAUAAUACAUCAUUUUCCUGUUGAUAUGUAAAGCAUCGAUCCAAAACAAUCGUAUCAGAAUGGGUACUACUUCAAGCAAAAAUGGACACUCUAAUAAGGGGCAAGUUUUACAACAACAGCCUGUUCAGCCUCCGCAACCUCCCUACAAUGGCAUUCCAUGUGAUUACCAAUUCCUUAGAAUAGACAUUCCUUUUACUAUUCAAAUGAACUUAUCAUUCCUUAGUAACCCUAAUAUGCAAAUGGCUACAUCAGAUCCAAAUGCAUAUGUACCGCAUCUCACACAGAUGUAUGACCUUGGAUACCGGCUUUUGUCCUUCCAGCUAACACCGGGAUCUAUUCAAUCAUCGGGAUUUAUGACCAUGUCAUCUACAACAACACUUCGUGCACAGGCAAUAUUCCGAAAAAAUGAACCAAAAUUCCAACCAGACGAAAGAUUUUCGCUGCAAGUAAUAAAAUCAUCGAUUGAAUCUGGAACCUUUCUUACUGGAGUUCAUUCUAUGUCCCAUACAUCGUCACAAACACAGACGCAAACUCAGCAUUUGUAUCAAAUGAUAAACGACUACGCAUGUCGAGGGUGUCGUCUGCGCUGUAUAGAAAUCACCGGAUGUUACAGACCUCCACAAGAUCUAAAUAUGUACGGUCCUCAGACUAUGGGAGUAGGGAGUGGUAUGGCUUAUGGACAGGGUCACUUGCAUUCGAGGAGCAGAAUUUAUGGCGUCGAUUUAUUCUUUGAAAUACCACAACACCCUUCACCGGAAUUGUACCAGUACCAAGCUGUCCCACUGAAAUUUACCGCGCAGUUAAAUGUUAGCAUGGGAUUUGGUACCCCAAAUCAGAAUUGGGGGUUACAAUUAGACUGGCAAGGAGUAAUGAAUCAAUAUCUAGGAACAGGAUGGCGUCUAAUAGAAGUGUUUAACGAUAUGUCAGCUGAUACCUCCUCGGGUAUGACUGGAUUUGGUUCAAGCUCAACCACAUCGAUUUUAAACAUAAUCUUUAUAUUUGAGAAAUCCCAGUCUCGUUUGAAUGACAACACACCAAUGUAUGAAGGAACUAUGGUUGAAUACCAAGCUCCAGGAUCAGUAUCAGCUGGGAUUGGCACAUCUACCAUGGUGAUAGAUACUAACUGGGACAAUGUUAUUGGAAAUAUGGGAAAUCAAGGAUGGGAGCUAAUAACCAUACUCCAAACACCAGCAACAACAACUAAAAUGCAGUUUAUGGGAGCUUCAAUGACAAGUUUGAUGUGGAUGUUUUUCCAACGACAAAUAGUAUCAGCUUCUCUACCACCAAUUGGAUUUGAUCCACCUGCUCCAGUUCUUCCUUACAAGCAAUAAUGAUACCGAAGGCUUUGAAAUGGCAUUUUUAAUAAAUAGUGAUUUUAAGGAUAUUUUUAUAUGUUGUGACCAUGAAACUUAAUUUUGAUGAAAUUGUUUUUACCCUUUUUAUGCAGACACAAAUAAUUGUAUUUUAUAUUUUGUUUAUGCUUUCAAAAUUCGUUUACCGAAUUAAUCUCCAUUACCGCGAUUAGUGAUUAUCAUUUGUCUUAUCCAAAUAUUUUGUAUGUGUAACUGGGGAAGGCAGAAUUGGUGACAUGUCUUAAAUAUUCCAAAACCAAUUUUUUUUAACUUUUUCUUAAAACGAUUUAGAAUUUGACAUAAGGUAAUUGAAAUGGCACUUGUUUAUUAUUGAACAUAUAGUGUUGACUUCCUUUGUUGUUUUUGGGUUGAUGUCUUUUUGAAGAUACCAAAUAUCUCAUUUUGUUAAGAUCGACUUAUAUUUUCUUAAUUUUUACAAAAAGGAGAAUCUGCAAUGUGGUAAAACUUGGGAGCUUGUAGACAAGGAGAAGAAAAAAAAAUAAAUGGAUAGAAUCAAAAGAAAUUUUAAGCGGAGAGAAUGAUGAAAAAACGAAAAAAGGGACUUGGUAUGCGAGAGACAGAAAUAUAUACCGUUGUAAACGGAUAAGAACAUAAGGGAAGAACGAGAAAAUUGAAAGAAAAAAAAUCAAUCUAUCUCGGUUCAUUAUAAAUACUCCAAUUUGUGUUUUCUUGUAUUUAGAUUUAACAAACAUUUUUGAUCUUUUUUGUACGUAUUUAGCUCUAAUUAUAUAAUGUUUAUUAUUUUAUUUCUUGUGCUUCACAAUUUUUUUUAACUAAUUGAAUAUAAGUUGCUCUCUAAGAAAUAUUUCACUUUAUGACUAGUAUCUAUUUAUUUUACUACAAGCAUCAAAAGUUAAGGGAAAACUCUAAUGAAAUGUUGAGAGUAAACACAAAUCAAAUGCUGAAAUAAC